AUGAAAGUUGGCAUAAUCCCUUACCAAAAGGAUGCUGAUUUUGUUUAUAAAGAUUCAACAAUUAAUGAAUCCAAACCAUCUUUGCCGAUAUUGCAUGAAACUCAUGGUUACAUUUAUGAUGACAGGAAUCUAAGAUUUUUGAAACCAGAAGAUAUACCGUUGAAUAAGCGUAAUUUUAUUUACAGACCUUGUUCUGCGAAUCCAUUGUUUACAGAAUUAGGUUAUGCAUGUACUGAAUAUCCCUUUGAUCAUCCAGGUAUGAAUAUGAUGGAUCGAUCUGAUGGUAUCUCAUUGAUUGAAGGUUCAAAUAAUAUUAUCUGUGUGAAAGAUUCAUUAGGUUGGAGAACUAGCAGGUGCGAUGUGUGCAUUAAAGAAGGAUCUUGUUAUUGGGAGGUAGAAGUUAUGAAAGGUGGGUUACCUUCUAUUGAUGAUGAUUCAAACAUGACUUUACAAAGGAAGAAAGAACUAUUCAAUACAACACCUCACUUGAGAAUUGGUAUUUCGAGACGUGAAGCGACUUUGGAAUCACCAGUAGGGUUUGAUUCUUAUGGUUACAGUAUUAGAGAUAUAUCGUUGGAGUCCAUCCAUGAUGGUAAGAUUUCUCAAGUACUAUCAUCAACAGAAUCUUUGAAGAAAGGCGAUCGAAUGGGGUUUCUAUUGACCUUACCAUCAUUUGAAGAACAGGUGAAACAAGCGAAAGAAUAUACUCAAAGAAGAAUCGAUGCAUUGAUAAGUCAUUCAAACGAUAAGAAAUCUAACGAUAUCAAUGGAGGGAAUUCCAAUGAAGAAUCUACUUAUUACAAGAAAAAGACUAAGUUUGUUCCAUCACAUAACGAUUUUAUAAAAGAGUUAUUAGAAGAUAUCGAUUUCAACAAUGUAAUCAGAGAUAAGAUUCCAAUUAGAUAUAAAAAUCAAUUAUUCUUCGAAUCUACAGACUAUAUCAAAACAACAAAACCAGAGUAUUACACAUUGGACAAACGAGAAAGAGAAGACUACUACACAUUGAAGGGGUCAUCAUUAGGUGUAUAUCUUAAUGGUAAAUACCUUGGCGAUGCAUUUAAAGAUAUCAAACCAUUCCUUCCACCAUUUAGUGAAUUACAAUACAACGAAAAGUUCUAUUUUGGGUAUUGGAAGAAUGGUGAAAUAAUUGAAGAUAAUGAAAAGGAUUAUAACGAGAAUACCAGUAGCAAUACAAACAAUAGUAAUAACAGAAACAACAUCAACAAUGACAAUGGAAACAAUAAUAUCAAUACCAAUACCCAAAAGAAAGGCUUAAUAUUGAGAAAUAAAUAUGUUAAUAAUAACCAACUUGGAUAUUAUCCAACUAUUAGUUGUUUCAAUGGUGGGACAGCAAAAAUAAUAACAGAAAAAGAUGAAUGUAAAUAUUUUGAUGAAAUAAGUAAAGCCAAACAAAAUGAAUCAAUUAAAUCAUUAAAUUCAUUGUACAUGGAACAAAUUGCUGAAGAUAUCGUUUGGGAUAUAAUCGAUGAGAUAGAAGAAGAAUCGAAUAUUAUCAACAAAAAAUGA